AUGGUGAAGGCGUGCUAUAACUUGUACCUGGGGAGCGCCAGCGGCGGGAACCAGCUCUGCGCCAAGCUGGCGCUCGCGCAGGUGCUGGUCGUCGUGUUCGCGCGCGUGGAGGCGGACGCCAUGGACGUCCGCGUGCGCACCGUCUCAGCUGCCGACAUGAUGGACCUCUCCGACCGCAGCCUCAACGACUCCAGCGUCGUGCAGGCGGCGCAGACGUUCAUAAAUGAGGCGAUGGAGGGGAGCGACGCGCCAGAGGAUGCCGCGCAUGUGCCGGCCGAGGGGGACAGAGGCGGGGAGGAUGAGAGCAUGAGCAGGAUCAGGGAGGAUGGACUGGCGUUGUUCAAAAACCUCUGCAAACUGUCCAUGAAGUUCGCCACGCCGGAUAACCCGGAUGAUCCAGUACUUCUCCGGGGGAAGGUGUUGUCACUUGAGCUACUUAGGAUGGUCGUCGACAAUGCCGGCACGUUCUGGAAGACAAAUGAGAAGUAUCUUGAAGCAAUCAAGCAGUACCUUUGUUUAUCCUUGUUGAAGAACAGUGCCAUGUCAGCAAUGAGUGUUUUCCAGCUUCUGUGCUCCAUUUUUAUGGGUCUUCUGUUAAGGUUUAGAUCUGGUUUGAAGGAGGAAAUUGGAAUAUUUUUUCCUAUGCUUGUCCUAAGGGUUCUUGAAAAUGUUCUUCAGCCUAGCUUUUUGCAAAAAAUGACAGUUCUAAACUUUCUGGAGAAGAUUUGUAAAGAACCUCAGGUUAUUAUUGAUAUCUUUGUGAACUAUGAUUGUGACGUCGAUGCACCGAACAUUUUUGAAAGGAUUGUGAACGGACUACUUAAGACGGCUUUAGGUGUCCCUGAUGGAUCAACAACGACACUAACUGUUGCACAAGACCAAACAUUUCGAAUUGAAUCUGUCAAGUGCCUUGCAACUGUUAUCAAAUCAAUGGGUUCAUGGAUGGACCAGCAGCUGAGAAUUGGUGAGGUUCUCCCUAUAAAUUCUGAAGUACUAAGUUCGGUGGACAAUCAUAAUAUGCAUAAUGGAGAAGAAGGGACAGGAAUGGAUUAUGAUCUGCAAUCUGAGUCUAGUAGCUCUGACGUAUCUGAUUCUUCUUCAGUUGAGCAACGACGUGCUUACAAAAUAGAACUUCAGAAAGGAAUUGCCUUGUUUAACAGAAAACCUUCCAAAGGUAUUGACUUUCUCAUUCGAAGCAAGAAGUUAGGCCAGUCCCCGGAAGAUGUGGCUUCUUUCUUGAUAAACACUGCUGGCUUAAAUGCAACAAUGGUUGGAGACUAUUUGGGUGAAAGAGACGAGUUUCCUCUCAAAGUCAUGCAUGCCUAUGUGGAUGCACUAAACUUUAAAGGGUUGGAUUUCGGUGAGGCAAUUAGAUUCUUUCUGCGAGGUUUCAGGUUACCAGGGGAAGCACAGAAAAUUGACAGGAUCAUGGAAAAAUUUGCUGAACGCUUCUGUAAAUGCAACCCAAAUGUUUUUACCAGUGCAGAUACCGCUUAUAUUCUUGCUUAUUCUGUGAUCUUGCUAAACACUGAUGCUCACAGUGUCAUGAUGUCUAAGGCUGAUUUUAUGCGCAAUAACAGGGGAAUUGAUGAUGGGAAGGAUUUACCUGAAGCUUACUUAAGUACAUUGUACGACCAAAUUGUUAGCAAUGAGAUCAAAAUGAGUGCUGAUUCUUCAGCUGCACAAACCAAGCAAACCAACAGCACAGAAGACAAGGCACACGGCGCAAAUGACUUGCUCAUUAAGCACAUACAUGAGAAAUUUAAAGCAAAGCAUGGGAAAUCAGAGUCUGUGUUUUAUAUUGUUGCUGAUGCAACCAUUUUAAGGUUCAUGAUGGAGGCCUGUUGGGCUCCUAUGAUGGCUGCGUUCAGUGUGACACUAGACCAAAGUGAUGACAAGGCUGCUACAUCACAGUGUUUAAUUGGAUUAAGAUCGGCAGUGCAUGUCACCUCUGUUAUGUGCCUGCAGACACAGAGAGAUGCCUUUUUGACAUCCAUAGCCAAAUUCACAUCCCUCCAUUCUGCUGCAGACAUGAAACAGAAGAAUGUCGACGCUGUUAAGGCUAUAAUUUCUAUCGCAAUCGAAGAUGGAAAUUACUUGCAGGAAGCUUGGGAGCACGUGCUAACAUGUUUAUCACGGUUUGAACAUUUACAUUUGCUUGGAGAAGGGGUACCUACUGAUGCUUCAUUUCUGACAGUGCCUAUGGUUGAGUCAGAAGGAAAAAAUCAGAUGUCUACUUCUGUUCUGCCUUCAAAGAGAGCCAAUGCUCUUCAGAAUCCUGCCGUGAUGGCUGCUGUUAGAGGGGGUUCUUAUGAUAGCACUGUUGCAAAAACCAGUGCCUCAGCAUUGGUUACUCCUGAACAGAUCAAUAAUUUCAUAUCAAACAUAAAUUUGCUGGACCAGAUAGGCAUUGUUGAGUUGAAUCAUAUAUUUGCCCAUAGUCAAAGGUUAAACAGUGAUGCCAUUGUUGCUUUUGUGAAAGCUCUUUGCAAGGUCUCAAUGACUGAGUUACAGUCUCCGUCAGAUCCUCGUAUCUUCUGCCUUACAAAAAUAGUAGAGAUCGCGCAUUACAAUAUCAACCGCAUACGUUUGGUGUGGUCUCGAAUUUGGAAAGUUCUAUCAGAAUUUUUUGUGUCUGUCGGAUUAUUAGAAAAUCUUUCUGUUGCAAUGUUUGUAAUGGACUCUCUAAGGCAGUUAGCAAUGAAGUUUUUGGAAAGAGAGGAACUGGCAAACUAUAACUUCCAAAAUGAGUUCCUUCAACCCUUCGUGGUUGUUAUGCAGAAGAGUAAUGUUCCAGAAGUGCGUGAGCUAAUUGUUCGAUGUGUCUCACAGAUGGUCCUAAGUCGAGUUAACAACAUAAAAUCUGGCUGGAAGGGUGUUUUUACGGUUUUUACUUCUGCUGCGGUUGAUGAUACGAAGAGUACUGUCCUAGUGGCAUUUGGGACUAUGGAAAGAAUUGUCCGUGACUACUUUCGAUACAUAACCGAGACAGAUGCCACAACAUUUACAGAUUGUGUCCAAUGUCUUAUUGCAUUUACAAGUAGCCAAUUUAAUAGCGAGGCCAGUCUCAAUGCUAUUGCAUUUCUCCGGUUCUGUGCUGUUAAACUUGCCGACGAAGGAUUUGUCUGUCAAGAUAAGGGUGCCGAUGGACCCAGGAAUUCAGACAUGUCAGAAGGAAAUGCCAUUGUGAACAAGAAUGAUUAUGUUUCCUUCUGGGUUCCUCUCCUUGAAGGUUUAGCCAGAUUGACAACUGAUCCAAGGCUGACCAUUGGGAAAAGUGCUGUAGGAGUGCUUUUUGAUAUUCUGAAGGAUCAUGGGCACCUCUUUUCUCAGUCCUUUUGGACCAGUAUAUUAGAGUCUGUUGUUUAUCCUCUGUUUAGCAAUCAAAGGUCUAGGGUCAAUGAUCAGACCUUAACAUCAAACGGCACCGAGGGUGAUUUUUCAACUCUUGAAACACAAACAUUGGCAGUGAAAUCUCUAGUGGGUUUAUUUGUUGAUUUCUUUGACGUGAUGCGGCCAGAACUUGCAAGAGUUGCAUCUAUUGUUGCGUAUUUCAUCAGAAGUCCCUAUAAACACUCUGCUACCAUCGGUGUAUCUGCUUUGCUACGGUUGGCGGAGGGAGUUGGCAGUAAACUUUCCAAGGAGGAAUGGAAGGAUGUUCUUCUCUGCUUCAAAGAAUCAUCAACACAAACCUUUAUUGUGUUCUCUAAAAUUGUAAGGAUGAUGCAAGACAUCGACAUUCCAGAUAGAAUGGAAUCUUAUUCGGAAGCUGAUCACUAUUCAGAUCAUGAAAUUUAUAGCAACGAUGAAGACGAAGCUAAUAUGGAGACAACUUCUUACGCCAUUGUCAAACUGAAAAAUCAUAUGGCCCUAAUACUCUUAAUCGUUCAGGGCAUUAUUAAAUUGUACGAGGAGCAGGGAAAAUAUCUUCAUGCUGAGCACAUCAGCAUUCUUUUGGAGAUGAUAUCAAGUAUUGCAACUCAUGCAAGUGAAGUGAGCUCAGACUCUUCGUUACAGAUGAAAUUCCAUAAAGCAUGUUCCCUUCUGGAGGCAUCUGAGCCAGCAGUUGUCCAUUUCGAGAAUGAGACAUACCAAAGCUACCUCAAGCUUCUCCAAGCUGUGCUCCAUGGGUAUCCAUUUUUAUCGGAAGACAUGGACAUAGAAACACGACUACUUGAUGCCUGUGAGAAAAUACUGCGGACAUAUCUGAAGUGCGCCGGGAAUGGACCAUCUGAUGAAGCUUCUCACGGCAAUCAAACUUUACAUUCCAUAGUGCCACUGGGCGCUGCCAAGCAAGAGGAGCUGUCUGCUAGGACCCCGUUGGUUCUUCUAGCGAUGCAGUUACUGCAUAACCUAGAGAAGAAUUCAUUUAGGAGAGUACUGCCCCGCUUUUUCCCGCUGUUGAUUGAUCUGAUUCGCUGCGAGCAUAGCUCUGGAGAUGUUCAACACGCGCUGUAUAAAAUCUUCAAAUCAUCAAUAGGCCCCAUGAUAGAAGUAUAA